AAAAAGAGUUUUAUACCAAGAUAAUAUACUAUUGGCUGAAAACAGUGUCUAUGGGAGACUGUUACUAAUGUAGCUUUGUGUGUGUAUUUGUUUUAUAGAGAACAGAGAAACAAGAGAGGCAUGUUAUUCCUAUUGUGGUUAAAUGGUGAUGAGCUCAAAACCACAAAAACAACCGAAUUAUAGGAAUAAUAAUAAAAAAGCAGAAUAAGUAAGGAAAACAAAAAAGAACGGUCAGUACUUUGUAACCUCUGAAACCGAAUGAAGAUUUAUGAGUACACAAAAUGCUAAUCUGUAUUGUGAACGAUUCAUUGUUUCGCAUCUGAAAGUGUUUGUCUUUCCAGACCGCAUAAAAGCUGCUUUGACUUGUCUUCACGUGCUGUCAAAACAUGUUUUGAAAACCAUUUUUGUGUUUAGAAAGCCUUUAGGUGGGACCUCAAUAAUGCCACAGUGAAAACAUGAUCCAAAACAAUAUAUUUUAUAAUGAUAAUAUGAGGUGUAUUGAUGUAUUAUCUAUAUUUACAAGGAGGUUUUCAAAAAUCUGGAAUUGGGUUGGAUGCAAACUCAUGGGCUGCAGCUCAAAGAUGCAGAGAAAGUGAGAAGGGGAGAGAGAGAGAGAGUUUGAGGAGGAGAGACAAUAUGUUUUCAGGACUGAAUGAUUAACAGUGGGCUUCAGGGGGAGGUAUCAGACCAAAAGAGAGGGAGGGAAAGAGGUGUAGAUCUAUAGUAUCUGUUUGUAAGCUGUGCGCAGCUGAUGAUUUUCCCUCUGGUCUCGUCACACACAAUAUUCUCUUUGGAGAGGCAGUGGGAUGUGACAGUGAAUCAGCGAGAAGAUGAUUCAAAGACACAUCAAGAAGUUCUCAGUUGGAUGCCACAUAAAUGAUUGAAAUUGAGGAACUAUGAGCCAUAAAGCGUGACUGCUUCAGUUUGGCCUCUGGAGUCAGACAGGAAGAGCUGGCGGAGACGCGAUCACGGCGUAGCUGGAGGGGAAAUCUUCGGGAGCCCUUCAAAAACCUUCUGUAGUUCUCCUGCACAUGACCCAUCUGUCCUAUGGAUAUUUGUAUUUCUGCUGUGCGCCCGGAGCUUUCAACUUUGGCCGAUCUCUGACCUGUUACUUGACCUUUGACCUCUUAGUGAACUCUCCAGGAAAACACGACUCCAGAUCCACAGAAUGUUCUGGAAGCUGGCAAUACCUAUCAUCCUGGCAUGGACUCUUUCUGUAUCAACAGAAACCAAGAAGCCACGCCCCCAGGGAUCUAUCCCGUCCCCGUACAAGCCUAAGGGCAACCAUGUAUCAUCGCCAUCUCUGUCAUUGAUGCCCCAGCAUACAUCCUCACGACGGCAGAAGGGUAAACACGACAUGUUGUCGUCGAGUCGCGAAGCCCUGGUGGUCACCGAGCGGAAGUACCUGAAGAGCGACUGGUGCAAAACGCAGCCGUUACGUCAAACGGUGAGCCUGGAGGGCUGCGUGAGCCGAACCGUCAUCAACCGCUUUUGCUACGGCCAGUGCAACUCUUUCUACAUCCCGCGUCACCUGACGUCUCAAUCCUCGUCGCAUCGAAGACGAAAAACGGCACCCGACCACAACAAUUCAUUUCAGUCUUGCGCGUUCUGCCGGCCGAGCCGAAUAACCACGGUUACCGUACGGCUUCACUGUCCUGGCCUACAGCCACCAUACAGACAGCGAAAAGUACAGCGCAUUAAGCAGUGCAAGUGCGUGUCUGUUAACGUCAAUGCGGCGCAUUGAGACAAGUUGCUUAGAAAAGUUACCACGUUACAUGGAUAUGGUCGGACAAAGUUUUUACUGAAAGAGUUCCUUAUUUGACUGGAAAAGCAGUAAAAUUCAGGGCAUUCAGUCAGUUUGUGAAAUAUAUGCCAAAGACAACAAAACCACAAGGACAUGGCUACUUUUAAUACGCCGGGACUUUAUCGCAGCAUGCUAAGCAGAAUGUUGAAUUGCUGCCGAGGAGCGCUGGAAACAGAGCUGGAUAUUUGAUUCAUUUUAUACACGAAGAAAAUUUUGAAAAGCCAAUGAACUGUUUGAAACUGUAUCAAAAAUAUAAGAAUGAAACUGUAUUUUUAUUUUAAAUGGAUGCAUAUUGAUUUUUUAUUCCAUAUUUCAUGUUUGACCUUUGACCUAUGUCCUUUAUCAUUUUAACAUAGCAUUUGUCCCCCCUGAGGUUUUAUCUCAGUAUUCUGCUAUAUCGCAGUACUGCUGGUUCUCUAUUAGUUAACUGAGAGCAGUAAAAAUGGUUUAUCUACCAUCUAUCUUGUCCUCUCUAUCCAGCUUUUGUAUUUAAGUACUAACGGAGGACUAGAAAAGAUGAAUGGAUGACUGUGGACCUUAUCAACAAGAAGGGGUUCACUAUAUUUUUACUACAGUAAUACAGGCAGGGGGACUAAACAAUGUUUUGACUCACUUCUAGA